AUGGCCGAAACAAGAGUGUUGGAACAUGCGAUCCCACCGCACCUCCGGACCGAGCGCACGAUACCGGCUAAGACACCUGAGAACUUCAUGCCACCGUUUCCGGCGUACACAUGUCGUUUCCCGGAGACGGCAAAAGAUCUUGUCAUGGCCAUUUUUGGCGUGCAGCAUGAAGGCAAUGUAAAACCGCAAGGACCGGAUUAUCAGAAGCUGGUCUCGUUUGUGGAGAAAGGAACAGAGCAAUCCAAGCCAAAGUAUUGGGAAGCAGCAUCUGUAAUCGACAAUCGUGGAUUCAGCAAUGAAGUUGUGAUUCCAUACUGGGAGAAGAAGGCCGAUUUCGAGCAAUGGAAAGACGACAGCGGAUUCGACGACUGGUGGGCUAGCCUCAAAGCAGAGGCCGAGCGAGGCUGGUUCGUCGAGGUCUUCUUGCCAACUCUGGAUCGUUUUGAGACUGUAUUCUCUGACAACGUCGUGCCCGAAGGCGCUGCGUUCAUGCGCUCUUCUGUGUCCGGAGAGAUGCAGCAGCACGUCUAUUGGGGCUCCAUGCGAGACAGGUUGGCGGUGGCGCAGACAGAUCAACUCAAUGGCGAACGAGCCUUCCCAAAGUCAGCGACCGAACGAGCUGAGAAGGAAGAGACAAAGGGCAAGCGUGUUGGUGUCUCGGGCCGACAGAACCUCGCGAUUAUCCGCAGUGGACAAGAUUGGUCCAACACCACACCACACGAACGUAAACUUUACCUCGAUACAAUGCAUCCCGUCUUGACGAAAGGCAUGAUGUUUUUGAGAGACGAAGGCGAAGAAGUCGGCUGUAUCAGCAAUCGUUUCAUGGAUUGUAUGCAUAAGACAGAACCUGGGAAAAUCACAGAGCGGACUUUCGGACUCGCAUAUUUCGAUGAACUUUCCAACCUGGAAAAGUGGAGCAAACAACACAAGACUCAUUUGGACAUCUUUGGUCGCUUUCUCCAGUACGCAAAGGAGCUGGAGAACAAUGUCUCAUUACGAUUGUUUCACGAAGUCAUGGUCGUGAAGCCUGAGCAACAAUUCUUCGAGUACAUAGGGUGCCACGACACAACUGGUAUGCUGGCCUCCUUGUGA